AUGCUUCAAAAAGGCUAUAAGAAAAAUCGCCCUCGUCAGGGCGACAAUGCUAUAAGAAAAAUCGCCCUCGUCAGGGCAAAUCACAACCGCCCGCGUCAGGGCGAAUCACAACGUCUUCAGAUCCUCCAGUGGACUUGUCAGGGUGAAUCACAACGUCUUCAGAUCCUCCAGUGGAAGGGGCGAAUCACAACGUCUUCAGAUCCUCCAGUGGAAUGCUUUAGGAAUGUCUCCGGACAAAUAAAUCCAAGUAGAGAAAAUCCUACAAACCUAGGAUGUUACACCCUGUACAAUCUACCUAAAUACCGGCAAGUUGCAAGUGGAAUUCUAACUGGAGUAAAAGAAGGCCUCGCCUCACUCUACGAUCUAAUCAAGGGAACUGAAAAGAAACGCGACGCCCUUCGCAACACUGCUGAUCAGACUGGAAGAACAAACGCCCUUCGCAACACUGCUGAUCUGACUGGAAGAACGGUCGCCCUUGGCAACACUGCUGAUCAGACUGGAGAAACGGAAGACGUACAAGCCUGGAGACGACAAUCAGCUGUCCUAAGGCAAGCCAUCUUACAAGCUAAACGGAUUUCCUUUGACAACUUCGAGUCAAAUAUCAACUAUCAAAGUGAUAACCAACGCGCUUUCAAAUUUCUGGGUAACGUCCAAAACAACAGAGAAAGACCCAAGAAAGAACGAAAACAUUUCAAAAAACAAACGGCUUACCACUGGCACCGAAAUAGCUAA